CUCAACUGUCACUUAAGCUCAAACACGACAUUCCAAGCGCGUCUGUGGGACGACUUCGACUAGAGCAUAGCUGCGCGUCAGCACCUCCUAUUAUUGCAAAAGCAUCACCAGAUGGCUGAUUUGGACGACGAAGACUAUGGAGACGAGGGGUAUGAGGGCAGCCGUGGAGGAACCGCGGAGUCGAUGGGCGGAGGCGAGGGGUUAGGCACGUCAUACGGGAACGAGGACGUGCGAGCAGGCUACGACACUCCACCAUCCGGUACGCCGGAUGGAGGCCGACGCGGAGGCGGCAGCAGGCCGGCAACCGUGGAUUCAGACGAUGACAUGCCCAUGCCUGGGCGAUUAGAGGCGUUAGCCUCAGCGCGGUCCAAUUCUGCAGGCAGCAGCUCACGCCACUCACGUCCGGGGUCAGCCGUCAUUAACCUGCGUGGAUCACGGCCAAACUCCGCCGCUAUCGCGCAGGAGAUUGAGGGGUUUGAGGAUGACUUCAUGGAGCGCGUGGAGGAGGAGCCUGAGGAGGAGAUGCUGGCAGAGGCGGAGGAGGAGGAGGACCUGGGGCCCAGCAUAGAGGAGCUCAUAGAGCGGGCACAGAUGGAGCAGACGCGGCUGCUGGAGGCGAACGACGCGCUGCAGCGGCGAGCCCGCAUGGCUCUGGACUUCCGCAACAAGGGCCGCCCGCCCGUGAACCGCGACCUGUCGCGGCUGGACGGCGCGGCCACGCGGUACAGGGCGGCGCUGCGGCAGUGGAUCGAGAUCCUGGAGGAGCGCGACAGCGUGGAGGCGCACUACCAGACCACCAUCUUCGACAUGAAGCACACGCUAGAGGAGCGCAUCAAGCGCGCCGACGACAUCUCCAAGGCCUACAAGCACUUCCGGCUGGAGGUGGCCAAGAGCGCGGAGCACUCCAAGACCGCGCGGCCCAUCAGCGAAAAGCUGCUGGCACAGCUUGAAGCCGACGACGCGGCCAAGGAGGAGGAGGUGCAGCGCGUGCGUCUGAAGAACAUCCACCUCACCAAUCAGCUGCGCCGCAUCGAGCAGACGCUGCGGCAGAAGGAGGAGCUGGCGGAGGGGCUGCACCUCAUUGACUUCGAGCAGCUCAAGAUCGAAAACCAGUCGCUGAACGAGAAGAUCGAGGAGCGCAACGAGGAGUUGCUAAAGCUGAAGAAGAAGACCACCACCACAGUGCAGAUCCUUACACACGUGCGCGAGAAGCUGCAGUUCAUCGAGAAGGAGAACGCCGCGCUGGACUCGGCGCUGAACCAGCUGGAGGCGGAGCUGGCGGACAAGCGCGACCGGCUGGGGCGCGCCAAGGCGGAGCGCGACACGCUGCGCGCCAAGGGGCGCAAGAUCAAGGAGAGCGGCAGCAACAUCACCUCGCCGCAGCUGCUGGACGACAUCGAGGUUCAGAAGGAGAAGCGCGAGGUACUGAUGGGCUCAAUCGAGGAGGCGCAGCAGCACUACGCCGAGCUGUCCGAGUCCAUCCAGCGCACCAACAACCGCAUCAUGAACGCCACAGAGGAGCUGCAGCAGGUGCAGGGCACGGCAGCGCUGCUAGCGCACGUGAGCAUCAGCCAGCGGGCAUGAGGCGGGGCAGUCGUGAGGUGGGCGGCAUCAUGGGGUGGCGACGCAGGCUGGCUGGGGUUUGUCCGGGUGAUAAGUGAUGGUGCUGGACGGCAACGCAGGGUCAGUGGGCGGUGGAGCAUUGAGACACGUGCUGACGGUAACUCGAUGGCAUGCAGCGCUGGCGAAGCUGGAAGUGGACGCAAGAUGUGUGUGAAUGUUUGUAUGAGGACUGCUCAGCAGGAUUGUUCUAAUGUCCUUGCCAGAUGGUGUGCGCGUUUGUGCAUGCAAAGAUAGGCUGGAUGUACAAUGGGCGUCCAACCCAGUCAAUGCCGAUGCCCCAACCCUCCAUUUAAGGCGGGCUGUAAUACC